AUGGCGGCCGCCGCCGCGGCGCUCGCGAGCUCGCCCCUCGUCCACCUCACCGCCGCGGCCCGCCUCCGCCUCCCCAGGCCCAGGGCCUCCCCCGCGGCCUCCUCGCGGUGGGGGUGCCCGCGAGGCGCCUACCUGGACUGGAGGCCCCUGAGGCGGUGCGACCGGAUGCGGUGCUUCUCCGUCGACGAGGGCGGCGGAGGCGGGGAGGACGGGGAGAAGCGGGGCGAGGAGGAGGCGGCAGCGCCCGUGGAAGCCAAGGUGGGGGCCGCGGAGGAGCGGAGCCGCUCGGGCAGCUUCUCCUCCUCGUCAUCUCCGUCCUCUGCGACUCCUGGUGUAUCAAGCGAGCCUCCUCUUUUGAGCUUCAGUGUGGAUAAUAUCGAUACAGUUAAGUUAUUGGAACUCCUAGGCCCAGAAAAGGUUGAUCAAGCUGAUGUCAAGGCUAUCAAGGAAAAGUUUUUUGGCUACACAACAUUCUGGUUGACAAGAGAAGAACCUUUUGGUGAUCUUGGGGAAGGAGUCCUUUUUGUUGGGAAUCUCCGAGGGGACAGAGAGGAAAUCUUUGGAAAACUUCAGCGGCAGCUACGUGAACUUACAGGUGACAAAUAUAAUCUUUUCAUGGUGGAGGAGCCCAAUUCAGAAGAGGAUGACCCACGCGGGGGACCACGUGUUAGUUUUGGUUUGCUUAGAAGAGAAGUUUCUGAGCCUGGACCUACUACCUUGUGGCAAUACGUUAUUUCACUGUUACUUUUCCUUCUCACUGUGUUCUCCUGUAUUGAGCUAGGAAUUGCAUCAAAGAUAAGCAGUCUUCCACCAGAUAUUGUUUCAUAUUUCACUGAUCCAAAUGCUACUGGACCCCCACCUGACAUGCAACUUUUACUUCCAUUCGUGGAAUCUGCUCUGCCAGUGGCUUAUGGCGUCUUGGCUAUCCAACUAUUUCAUGAAGUUGGACACUUUUUGGCAGCAUACCCAAAGAAUGUGAAACUGGGCAUUCCUUUCUUCAUUCCGAACUUCACUCUUGGAACUUUUGGUUCAAUUACUCAGUUCAAAUCCAUUCUGCCAGAUCGAAAGACAAUGUUUGACGUAUCAAUGGCUGGUCCUUUGGCUGGAGCUGCACUUUCUUUUUCGAUGUUCUCUGUAGGCUUGUGGCUCUCCUCAAAUCCUGCCGGGGCAACUGAUUUAGUUCAAGUACCCAGCAAUCUGUUCCAGGGUUCUUUGUUGCUUGGACUUAUUAGCAGAGCAAUACUUGGUUACAGUGCUCUGCAUGCUGCUACGGUUUCUAUCCACCCUCUUGUGAUCGCUGGCUGGUGUGGUUUAACAACUACUGCCUUCAAUAUGCUUCCUGUUGGAUGUCUUGACGGUGGAAGAGGUUUACAGGGUGCGUUCGGCAAGGAUGCUUUAUUUGGAUUUGGCUUGACGACUUAUUCGUUGCUUGGACUUGGAGUGCUUGGGGGUCCGCUGUCUCUUCCUUGGGGCCUAUACGUGCUCCUAUGCCAGAGAACACCUGAGAAGCCAUGCUUGGACGACGUGAGCGACGUCGGCACCUGGAGGAGGGGCGCCCUGAUAGCGUCGGUGUUCCUCGUCGUGCUGAUCCUCAUCCCCCUGUGGGAUGAGCUCGCGGAGGACCUAGGUGUAGGACUUGUCAGCUCGUUAUGA